UCAAAAGGAUUCAACAGUUGGCGCACUAGUAGCUGACAAAGCUACCGUUGCAGGUCACGUGACACAUCCGGGCGCGCCCCCGCUGCCCAGCCCUUGACCAAUGAGCGGUCACCGGGCGGCAUCGCUGGGCCGCCGGGAGCGCGCUGCAGGGUCUGCGGAGUGUGUGCGCUUCGCUCCGUCGGUUAGCCGCCGCUUCAGAGGGAUGAGUGCGGUGUUCGCUCAGCCGCUGUCCGCGAAGAAGACAGGUUUGUCCGCGUGUGCGUUCCUGAGUUAGCGCUGGGGGUUCCUGGAGAGACUGCCCGCCCAUUGUCCUCCUCUCCGGCUGCGAGAGGCCGGCGGAGCGCUGACAGGCAGCUUUUGUGUGUGCGGGGCAUGUGAUAACGUUACAGGCGGGAGUCGGGGCGCGUGCGUUCGAGGCGAAGCGAAGCGGACUCUUCCUCUGCUGUGACUCCGUCUCCGCUCGGCUUCGGCAGGACAUGACGGAGGCGCCGCCGGUGGAGUCAUAGGGGCCGGCGCUGGCUGUUGAAUGGCAGCCCCGCAGAAAGAGCAGGCUGGACAAUGACCCCGAGCCCCGCGGCUUUGUCUGGAUGCCGUUGACUUCCACAUAAAACGUGCUAACGGUUCCAUUUGAAGGCGAGCGCUGCCCGAGCGCAGUGAGAAAAGCCGCCGGGGAGCAUCGAUUCAGGCGCGGCCAACGAGCCAACAAUGCGGAUUACCUCUGGACUGCUCGCCUUUGUGUGAACGCGGCGCGUGAAUAAAGUUGGACCGGCCCGGGGGGAGCAGCAGCCAGGCCCCCGCAGGCGUCAGCUGCUUCACCUCCGCGGGAGGCGACGCGUUGACCCGAGGGACGGGUCCCGCACGUGCGCAGGCUGUCUGUGAGCACAGCGGCGGAGGCGACGAUGGCGAACGACUCCACACAAAGUGACCCCGGUGGGCUGUCGGUUCUGGAGCAGCUCGGCCUGGACCAGAACUCGGAUUUCUCCGACUCUAGCGUGCAGCAGCUCCUGGACGAGCAGCGUGAAAGGAUCCGCAGGGAGAUCCGAAAGGAGCUGAAGAUCAAGGAAGGAGCCGAGAACCUGCGCAGGGCGACGACUGACAAGAGGAACGCUCAGCAGGUGGACAGUCAGCUGCGCUCCUCCAAGCGGAAGCUGGACAACCUGCACGCCCAGCUGCAGGAACUGGACGCUCACAUUGUGGUGAAGGGAGGCGAGGAGAAUAAAGAUGAGUGUCCGCAGUCCCCUGGGGCGGAGAGCCGCACGUCGGCCCACAAGGAGCGCAUCGCUGCCCUGGAGAGGCAGCUCAACAUCGAGCUCAAAGUCAAGCAGGGAGUGGAGAACAUGAUCCCCGUCUACUCCAACGGAUCCACCAAGGAUAAGAAAAUGCUGCAGACAGCCCAGCAGAUGCUGCAGGACAGUAAGACCAAGAUUGACAUCAUCCGCAUGCAAAUCCGCAAGGCAGUGCAGGCCACUGCGCAGAACGACGACGCGCAGGCAGGCAACCAGGAUCUGUGUGGCGUGGAGCUGCGCAUUGAGGAGCUCAGGCAUCAUUACAGGGUGGAGCAUGCCGUCGCUGAAGGGGCCAAAAAUGUGCUCAGGCUCCUGGGGGCCAACAAGGUCCAGGACAAGAAAGCCUUGUCUGAGGCGCAGUCUCGCCUCAGUGAGGCGUCCCAGAGGCUCGACCUGCUUAGGGACUCCCUGGACCGGCGCCUGGCGGACCUGCCCGAGGACCAUCCCAAGGCCAGCAUCAUCAAGGAAGAGCUGGUCCUGGCGUCGUCGCCGGCCUUCAGCUCCCGCCACGGCGCCCCCUACCUCCACAACCAGUACAGCACCCUCAAUAAGCCCUCGCCGCUCACCGGUACCCUUCAAGUGCAGCUGCUGGGCUGUACGGGGCUGCUGGAGGUGGUCCCAGGCCGCAAUAAAGGGGCGACCCUGGCACUGCCGUCGUACAGCCCUGGAGACAGCAGGUCCUUCAUGAGAGGCACCAAGGGGCUGUACGGGCGGAGCGGCUCCGUCAGCGGGAAGACGCCCAGCAAGACAGAGGAGCUCUCUUCGGAGGUCAGCGCCGUGUUGAAGCUGGAUAACAGCGUGGUGGGCCAGACAGCGUGGCGCACUGUGGGAGAACAGGCCUGGGACCAGACCUUCACAGUGGAGCUGGAGCGGUCGAGGGAGAUGGAGAUUGCAUUGUACUGGAGGGACUACCGCUCGCUGUGCGCCCUGAAGUACCUGAAGCUGGAGGAGUUCCUGGACAACCAGAAACACCGAGUUCAGCUGGAGCUGGAGCCGCAGGGCGUCCUGCUGGCAGAGGUGACCUUUUUUAACCCGGUCAUCGAGAGGGUUCCUCGUCUUCAAAGGCAGAAGAAGGUCUUUUCAAAGCAGCAAGGAAAGGCGUUUCUUCGUGCUCGUCAGAUGAACGUGGACAUCGGGACGUGGGUGAGGCUGCUUCGGAACGCCAUUCCCACCGUCAACAACACAGGAACCUACAGCCCCAGUGCACACAGCCUCGCUCUCAACUCUGGGGAGAUCUCGGUGGAGAAGCUGAGUCUGGACAACGACUCUCCCAUUAGAGGCGAUUACAAAAGAGACGUGGACAUUCACACUCCGGAGCGACUACCGGUCAUCGAGCCUUUCUCCCCCCCAGACCUCACCCCCGAGUGUCCUGUCCGAACCCUGUCUGUUAACAGUAAGCAGAAGAAAGGCCCUCUGUCCCUCCAGGACUUCAGGCUCAUUGCUGUGUUGGGCAGAGGACACUUUGGAAAGGUCUUGUUGUCAGAGUACAAGAAGACCGGCACGAUGUACGCCAUCAAAGCCCUGAAAAAGGGGGAUAUCGUCGCCCGGGAUGAGGUGGAAAGUCUGAUGUGCGAGAAGCGCAUCUUUGAGGCCGUGAACAUGUCCCACCACCCCUUCCUGGUCAACCUGUUUGCGUGCUUCCAGACUCCAGAGCAUGUGUGUUUCGUGAUGGAGUACACAGCGGGAGGAGAUCUGAUGAUGCACAUCCACACAGACGUCUUCACAGAACCUCGAGCAGUAUUUUAUGCAGCCUGUGUGGUUCUUGGACUUCAGUUCCUCCACGACCAUAAGAUUGUGUACAGAGACCUCAAGCUUGAUAACCUGCUGCUGGACACAGAUGGUUAUGUGAAAAUCGCUGACUUCGGACUGUGUAAAGAAGGGAUGGGCUACGGGGAUCGAACCAGCACCUUCUGUGGCACUCCAGAGUUCCUGGCGCCAGAGGUCCUUACUGAUACCUCCUACACCAGAGCAGUAGACUGGUGGGGGCUGGGGGUCCUCAUCUAUGAGAUGUUGGUGGGAGAGUCUCCAUUCCCAGGAGAUGAUGAGGAGGAGGUGUUUGACAGCAUUGUGAAUGAUGAAGUGCGCUACCCACGCUUCCUGUCUACGGAGGCCAUUGGCAUCAUGAGAAGGCUACUGAGGAGGAACCCAGAGAGGAGACUGGGCUCUGGUGAGAAAGAUGCAGAGGAGGUGAAGAAGCAGCCAUUUUUCAGAAAUGUGGACUGGGAGGCGUUGCUGCAAAGAAAGGUGCCCCCUCCCUUCGUCCCGUCCAUCGGUGGCAAAGAAGACGUCAGUAACUUUGACGAGGAGUUCACCACCGAACCGCCGACGCUCACGCCUCCACGCGAGGUUCGCGUUCUGUCUCGAAAGGACCAGGACAGCUUCCGGGACUUUGACUACGUCUCUGACCUCUGCUAGUGGGAUGCGGCCUCAGGCCUCGAGGGGCGCUUUUACUGUGACGUCUUCGUGCCGGUUCUAUCCAGAGCAGCGCGGCGGUGUCCGCUGACUGUCGAUCUUCUUUACACUGUGAAUGAAUGAGAGCGGUAAGAGACCGGAGGACGUGGGUGCGCUGGUUUUAAACGUCGACUGAGGAACUCCAAGCUGGGACGCAUGCUUUGAGGUGUUUGGUCAUGAAUGAAUGAAGUAAAAUCGCCUCUCCACUGUACAACACACCAGUGACUUGUGUAUCUUUUGAACAUUAGCCUUUGAAACACCUCGUCCCAUCUCCUAGAGGAUCAGUGUGGUCACCGGAGGAGGUCUUUAUGCUGCUGACUGUUCAGGAGGUUGCUCGGUGGCCUCUCAUACCAAUGCCUUACAUUUGUACUUGUAUAUGUUCCACACAAUUGGCUUUGGUUUCUUUUGUGGCCAUUCCUAUACAGGCGGAGGAUAAGUGACGCAGACGUAGAAUCUACUUUUAUUUUAUUGCUAGUGGGUGGAGUUAGUGGUGUGUUAAGUGGAUUUUACUCAAUAAGAUGACGACCAAUGCCUGACAGAUCAUGAGUUGACUAUGGGGUAUGGAACCACUGUCUUGGUCUGGACUCUUCUUUUAAGACUUCUACCAACUGCUUUUUUAAAUUAUGUUCUUUGUGUUUCGAUUUUAAUUUCUCUGACAAAUGUUACACUAUUAAUUUGUGGAGACAUGUCAUUUCAUGACAUCUGCGUCCUCAGAGCUUUAUUCAAUACCACGCACACGUUUUAAAAAUUGGAUUUUAUGUGUUAUACAUAAUUUAAAAUACACAUGUAGCAGACACAACCAUCAGUAUAAAAGCUACGUGAGAGGCAUUUAAUGUUUUACGCCUAUUAAAUAAAAUCUGAACACUAAGACUUGAUGAGCCCAGUUAAGAGUUAGCGACACAUUCAUCAAGUUAUCUACAUGUUACCAGAUAUUUGUGUAUAUGUAGUCCUUUCACUCCAUCACAAUUUGUCUGACUUUAUUCUCUGUGAACUCUCUUGUUUCAAUGUCUGUUUUUUUAACUAGGACCACCCACAGUUUAAAACCUGCCCGUGGACCUUGUAUGAUUUUAUAUCUUUGUCUUCAAAUCAGAGCCCUUUACAGCCAAGAUUAAGGAUAUGGACUGAGACAAGACUUUAUCAGUUCUGAUCAAACAGGACGUUUGAUGUGAAGCUGGAUGCAUUCUCUUGUUGACUUUUACUUGCGUAUAGAAAACCCAGAGUGAACUUUCUGUCUGUUUGUUGUCAUUGUCAGACCUGACGCAGAAGUUAGCAAUAACACCUCAGAUGCUUUUCAGUAAAAGAACAUAUUCUGUAUUUACUAUGUUUGACUUGAAUGUUACAUUUACUUUAUUUAGACCUGUGAUUCUGACCUUCUGGUUGCCAUAUCAUUAAAAUGAUGUCUUCACUUA